AUGACGCGCUGCGACCUGCUCCGCCGAGCCGACAUUCCAACCUCGGCGCUACGACUGCCUCUUGCCGGUCGAAAGAUCCUCGGUCAGCUGCCGGAGGAGCCUGACGAGCGGCGUGGUGCUGGGGGCUCUGCAGUGGAGAUUGUUGUUCAGGAGAUAGUUUUCCAGCACGUCGAAUCCGCGCACCACAUCUCUGGAAACCCAAAUUUCCGGCCCGUCAUCGUGAUUCGGGUCUAUCUCGAGCACGAUGGUCGAGCAAAGGCGAUCAUGUCGUCUGAGGACGAGUACAGUCCACCAGCUCCAUAG